AGCUGAAAACCUCUGGCUCCCUGGACCAUCACCACCACCAUCACCCCCAGGCUUCCCAUCUGCCAGUGAUGUGAGGAAGAAUUUCAAUUCUAACCUUUGUCCUCAGACCUGACAGCCCACAUGGAGGACAGCUGUCUUCCAACAUUCACUCAGGGACAUUUCUUUCCCCCACACCAACCAAUCUCUUCUCCCAUCCUCCACUCUGGACUUUCACUGACUUUCUGCCAAAUUCCACCUGUGACUGGAAACGUUUACAUGUCAGAUGUUUGGCUGCUCUAUGCCCUCCACUAAGAAGUCAUGCCAGCUGGACACACACUCCUUCCCAGGGCCCCUGAAAACCAGAACAGAGUUGAUAUCACUGCUCUUAAGACCCUGAACUGUGGGUUUGUAUCACUUAAGAAGAUACUUCCCUCUCCCAGCCAUGAGCUUGUCAUUGUUCCUGAUCUUUCUGUGCCUGACUCUGGCUACAGCAGCCACUCACAGAGGUGGCGAUCAAUGUCCAGCCUGUGGGGGGCCUGCCUUGGACCUUGAGAGCCAGCGGGACUUGCUUCUCAACCUGGCCAAGAGAAGCAUCUUGAACAAGCUGCACCUCAACCAGCGCCCGGUCCUGAGGCGGCCAGUGUCCCGAGCGACUCUGAGAACUGCCCUCCAGCGCCUCCAGGAGUCCCUAUGGCGUGCACCUCUGGAGGACAGCAGGGCACAGGAGUAUGAGAUCAUCAGCUUCGCUGAGACAGGCCUGUCCAACAUGAACCAGACUCGUCUUGAUUUCCGCUUCUCUAACAAAACGGUGGCUGGCGUGGAGGUCCAGCAGGCCAGCCUCACUUUCUUCGUGCAGCUCCCUCUCAAUACCACCAGGACUCCAAGAAUGAGGGUAUUUGUGCUAAGCUUACGAGACACCAACCUCACUUGGGCUACCCAGCACCUGAUGGAAAUUAGUGCCAGUGGUUGGCACCAGCUCCUGCUGGGACCCGAGGCUCAAGCUGCUUGCAGUCAAGGGCACCUGUCGUUGGAAUUGAUACCUGAAGGCCAAGUCGCUCAGGGCUCUAUCACCCUGGGUGGGGCUGCUCACAAGCCUUUCGUGGCAGCCCGAGUGAGAGUCAGGGGCAGACACCGGAUCCAGCGACGAGGCCUCGACUGCCAGGGUGGGACCAGGAUGUGCUGUCGACAAGCAUUCUUUGUGGACUUCCGUGAAAUUGGUUGGCAUGACUGGAUCAUCCAACCUGAGGGCUACGUCAUGAACUUCUGCACAGGACAGUGCCCACUGCAUGUGGCAGGCAUGCCUGGCAUCACUGCCUCCUUUCACACUGCAGUGCUUAAUUUGCUGAAGGCCAACACAGCGGCAGGCACCGCUGGCAGAGGCUCAUGCUGUGUGCCCACAGCAUGGCGGCCCCUGUCCCUGCUGUACUACGAUAGGGACAGCAACAUUGUCAAGACAGACAUACCCGACAUGGUGGUCGAGGCCUGUGGCUGCAGCUAGGCUACGUGGGCUGUGA